GAUGUAACAGAACGCCGGCCGGCUAAUGAAGACGAACUAUGCGUCUAUACCCAAGAACUUGCUGUAUUAAUAACUUAUCCUGAUCUGUAUCAUCUUGGUGCAUUACCGUAUCUUGUUGGACAUUGUGGAUUAAAAUGUCCAGUAUAUGCAACAGUACCUGUCUAUAAAAUGGGACAAAUGUUUAUGUAUGAUUUACAUCAAAGUCGUUCGAAUAGUGAAGAUUUUACAUUAUUUACACUUGAUCAUGUUGAUGCAGCAUUUGAUCUAUUUGUUCAACUUAAAUAUGAUCAAUCUAUAUCUCUUGAAGAUAAAGGACUAGG